AACGCGCGCUUUGGAAAGAGGAAGAAUAAGGGGAAAGAUACUGGAGUCGCUCUUUGCCUCUCUUCAACUUCUUCUGAGAUUCUCCUCCUCCCAACUUGGAUCUUUUACUGGUCCUCCCCGGGUUCCUGCUUAACUUCCCACAAGACUUUCCUGAGUCUCUGCUUGACGUCCCUCAGACUGAGGUUUGAUAUCAGGCCAGCUCUGAUUUAGACCCUGCUCCGCCUGGUCUUGGCUUUGGAUUUUUUGACCUUAACUAACUUGGGGACCGACAUUGCGGGUUUGGACCCAAGCCUCAUCCUCUGGUUGCGUCCCCACCACUCAUACCGACUCUUCAGACGAUAUUUAAUGAUAUAGCAACUUGCUUUUAUAGCAUCCCCUGGUUCUGCAUUCUCUGUUGCUGAGUGCUUUUAACUUAGCUGAUGGGUCCAGGAUGAGGAGGAGCUUAGCUCCCAGCCAGUUGGCCAGGAGGAAACCAGAGGACAGAUCAUCUGAUGAUGAAGACUGGCAGCCUAGGACAGUAACUCCUAAGAAACGAAAAUCCAGUAAUGAGACCCAGGUCCAGGAGUGUUUCCUGUCUCCUUUUCGGAAGCCCUUGACUCAGUUACUCAACCGACCGCCUUGUCUGGAUAGCAGUCAACAUGAAGCAUUUAUUCGAAGUAUUUUGUCAAAGCCUUUCAAGGUCCCCAUUCCAAAUUAUCAAGGUCCCCUGGGCUCUCGUGCAUUGGGCCUGAAAAGGGCUGGAGUUCGUCGUGCCCUUCAUGACCCUCUGGAAGAAGGUGCCUUGGUUCUCUAUGAGCCACCCCCACUAAGCGUCCAUGACCAACUGAAGCUUGACAAGGAAAAACUCCCUGUUCAUGUAGUUGUUGAUCCUAUUCUCAGUAAGGUGUUGCGGCCUCAUCAGAGAGAGGGGGUGAAGUUCCUAUGGGAGUGUGUCACCAGUCGUCGAAUUCCUGGAAGCCACGGCUGCAUCAUGGCCGACGAGAUGGGCCUGGGAAAGACACUACAGUGCAUCACACUGAUGUGGACACUUUUACGCCAGAGCCCAGAGUGCAAGCCAGAAAUCGAGAAAGCAGUGGUGGUGUCACCUUCCAGCCUGGUGAAGAACUGGUACAAUGAGGUUGAGAAAUGGCUUGGAGGGAGGAUCCAACCUCUGGCCAUUGAUGGUGGCUCGAAGGACGAGAUAGACCAAAAACUGGAAGGAUUCAUGAACCAGCGUGGAGCUAGAGUGCCUUCCCCCAUCCUCAUCAUUUCCUAUGAGACUUUCCGCCUGCAUGUUGGAGUUCUUAAAAAAGGAAAUGUUGGACUGGUCAUAUGUGACGAGGGCCACAGGCUAAAGAACUCUGAGAAUCAGACUUAUCAGGCUCUGGACAGCUUGAAUACCAGCCGGCGGGUUCUCAUCUCUGGUACCCCCAUCCAAAAUGAUUUGCUUGAAUAUUUCAGCUUGGUGCACUUUGUUAAUUCAGGCAUUUUGGGAACUGCCCAUGAAUUCAAGAAGCAUUUUGAGUUGCCAAUUUUGAAGAGUCGAGAUGCAGCUGCCAGUGAGGCAGAUAGGCAGCUUGGUGAGGAACGUUUGCGGGAGCUCAUCAGUAUUGUGAAUAGGUGCCUGAUACGGAGAACAUCUGAUAUCCUCUCUAAGUAUCUGCCAGUGAAGAUUGAGCAGGUGGUUUGUUGUAGGCUGACACCUCUUCAAACUGAGUUAUACAAGAGAUUUCUGAGACAGGCUAAGCCUGAAGAAGAAUUGCGUGAGGGCAAGAUGAGUGUGUCUUCCUUGUCUUCUAUCACCUCUCUAAAGAAGCUGUGUAAUCAUCCAGCUCUAAUCUAUGACAAGUGUGUGGCAGAGGAGGAUGGCUUUGAAGGCGCUUUGGGUAUCUUCCCACCUGGUUAUAAUUCUAAAGCUGUAGAGCCACAGUUGUCAGGUAAGAUGCUGGUCCUUGACUACAUUCUGGCCAUGACUCGAAGCCGUAGCAGUGACAAAGUCGUGCUGGUGUCUAAUUAUACUCAGACAUUGGAUCUCUUUGAAAAGCUGUGCCGGGUUCGAAGGUACUUGUAUGUUCGCCUGGAUGGCACGAUGUCCAUUAAGAAGCGAGCCAAGGUUGUGGAGCGCUUCAAUAACCCAUCAAGCCCUGAUUUUGUUUUCAUGCUGAGCAGCAAAGCUGGGGGCUGUGGUCUUAACCUCAUUGGUGCUAACCGGCUGGUCAUGUUUGAUCCUGACUGGAAUCCAGCCAAUGAUGAACAAGCUAUGGCCCGAGUCUGGCGUGAUGGUCAAAAGAAGAUCUGCUAUAUCUACCGACUGCUAUCUGCAGGAACAAUUGAGGAGAAGAUCUUUCAGAGGCAGAGCCACAAGAAGGCUCUAAGCAGCUGUGUGGUAGAUGAAGAGCAGGAUGUGGAGCGCCACUUCUCUCUUGGUGAGCUCAAAGAGCUGUUUACCCUUGAUGAAGCCAGCCUCAGUGACACACAUGACAGACUGCAUUGCCGCCGUUGUGUAAACAGCCGCCAGGUCUGGCCACCCCCUGAUGGUUCUGACUGCACUUCAGACCUGGCUCAGUGGAACCACAGUACAGAUAAACGAGGGCUCCAGGAUGAGGUACUCCAAGCUGCCUGGGAUGCUUCAUCUACAGCCAUCACCUUCGUCUUCCACCAGCGUUCUCAUGAGGAGCAGCGGGGUCUUCACUGAUAACCAGCUGGUCUGGAUGUAGUAGUUUGGGAAAGGAUACAGGGAAAAGGGGGUUGUCUGCCUCAUGAGGUUCUGCCCAGUUUUGUUCUCUGGGAGAAAAUCAUCAAGAAGGGCUGCAUGAUGUUUGCCCAAAAUUUAUUUUAUAAGAAAAACUUUUUUGGUUUAAAAAAAAAAAAAAAAGAAAGGAAUAAAGGCAUGAAAGGGA